AUGUUUACAACAGAGGAAUUGUCUGUCGACGAGGGUGAACAUCCAAUUCUCAAUCUGACAUAUGAGGCUAAUCAAACUAUUACCUCUACUGAAUGUACUGGCGUGAAUCUUAUGUUCUUUUCUGCAACGGAAAACCUAGCAAAGGCUGAUGACCUGGCGUCCACACAACCUAUAGAAGUGUGUAUACCCCCAGGACCAACGAGUGGAACUGUGGCCAUAAUGUACCACCAGACAGUAGAUGAUGAAUUUCUUGAGGGUAAUGAAGAUUUUGCCGUGUUAAUCUCGGGUGCAGGUACUUCGAUAGCAAUUCCCAUGCAAGGAACAAUUAUAGUCAUUAUUCUGGACAACGAUGACAAUCCGAUUGUGAACUUGGAAUCAAGUGACUUCACUGGUCGUGAGGGCGAUGAUGUUGUGUCUGUUUGUGCUCAAGUAUCAGCUUUUCUCACCGAUACAACUUUCCCUAUCGAAGUCACUUUCACGUUUUUCGAUGCUUCAGCAGAACAGGUUUCUGACUACGCGGUGCCUGCUGACACGACAGCAAUGUUUCCGGUUGGAAGUGUGAAUGGAAGUACUGCUUGUAUAAACUUGACAAUAACCGACGAUGACAUUCUGGAGGGCAUUGAAACACUCAUUGUGUCACUAGCAAUAGUCAAUGAUGCUGGCAAUAACGUUAAUCAGGGCCCUAGCACCACUGGUACAGUGACGAUCGAAGACAAUGAGAUGGCGACCAUUUCUAUUGUCCCUGUUACAAACUUGAUGUUAAUGGAGGAUGGAAGUGUCCCUCCGCCUAAUAUUCAAGUUAUGAUAUCUCUUGGUGGUAUCAUUUUGGGAAGUGACCUCACUGUUACACUGGCUACUAGCGACACAAUUGAUUCUCUGACCGACAUCAAUACCGAUUAUUCAGUACCAAAUCCUUUUCAAGUCACGUUCUCUGCAUCCGCUUUUGUUGAUACCAUAAGCGUCAGCGGAAUAAUGGCUAUGGAUGAUGUCUCUAUUGAAGGACCACACAGUUUCAAUGUUUUUCUCCAAUCUGUACCUGCUGCGUUUAUGGAUAAUGUGGUUCUAGACAUAACUCCUCAGACAGUGACCAUUGUCGAUGAUGAUGUUUCUCUGGCAACAUACAAUUUGAUAGCUUCAGUGGAUGCCAUUGAAGGAACUGAUAUGACUGUCAAUUUUAUGGCUUUCGUUGUUUUGGAUAAUAGUGCUACGUUAGACACGACCAUCACCAUUGGAAUAGAACAUGACUCUGGAGAUACUGCAGAUUACGUUCUUGAUGAGGAUAGUAUAACAUUCACUCCUGGGCAGACCACUGAGGGGAGUAUUGUUGCGGUGACAAUUGUGGAUGACGCAAUCCUUGAAUUUCAUCACAGCUUUACCCUAACCCUUGCCAAUACAUCUGACCCUCCUGGAGUUGUAAGAAACAUGAUGUCGCCUUCUGAAGCUACAUUUAACAUUCAGGAUGAUGAAUUAGAGGAUUCAAUGGUCGAGUUUAACGAAACAACGUACGAGUUUGCAGAAGGUGGUGCUGAUGAUAUGGUGUGUUUGGUGAUCCGAGAUGUCGACUCAAUCAGUGAUGGAGUCGCAUUCAGCGUGACAAUCACUCUAACGGGUGAUCCUGGAACACCGGAUGCAGGAUCAACAGGCACAUAUUUUGGUUCUGGUCUACUUAGUCGUGAUUUUAUUUUCGACUCAAUGAGUGGCCCACUUGUGUGUGAGUCCAUUGAUAUCAUAGAUGAUGACAACUUUGAGGGAACAGAAACUUUCUCUGCACGUAUAUCGGCAAGCAGCCCUUCUAGCGGUACACUAAAAGUCACAAUGGAAACUGCGGAAAUUACAAUUACAGAUCGUGGUGACUGCACAGUGUCAUUUUCAUCAGGCAUCAGUACAGAAUUCACUGAAUCGGACGGCACAGUGAACUUGAGCGUAAUGUUUAGUGGUUUUAGUGGAAUGCGAGUGAAUGGAGACCUUAGCAUUUCUCUGAUGGCUCCGUUUCUUCCAACUCCCGGUGGAAUCAGCGCGACAGACAUUGGAGGUAUUCCGGAUAUAUCUUUUCCUGAUGGUGGGUCUGUCAUGAAUGUCAAUUCACCCAUCAUGAUAGUCAAUGAUGAUAUUCUGGAGAACACAGAGAGCUUGACUAUCACAAUUCCUGGCACCGAAGAUUGUACGCUAGGUUCCCCUACAAGUAUUAACCUACGUGUGCAGGAUGAUGAUGCCGGAGACUUUCAAGUAGGGCUAACCCUUCAAUCCAUGCUUGAAGUCAAAAGAAACGCAGAGGAAAAUGGCGGGGUGACGGUAGUGGCUACGUUGAGUCGAACAGACGGCCAACGUAUAAAUCUGGAGAGAACCAUCAUAGUCAAUCUUGAUCUAAUUAACGGAGAUGCAGUUGUGAUGGACGACUUCACUCAUCAGCCAAUGCCAACUAUCACGUUUGGUCCGUGUAUGGAUUGCAGUGGAGCAGCGGUGGCUAAGAAUUUUAUGAUCAACUUUGUUGAUGACGAUGAUCUCGAGUUUGACCAUGACUUCAGCGUGAAUAUUACAAGUAUUGAACCUGAGGGAGUGUUGACAACGGGUACUCUGCCCUUGUCACUGAACAUCGCCGAUGAUGAGCCAGCAAGUGUGACCAUCACAUUUGACCAAACCUCCUUCACUUGUGAGGAGGAUUCUACAUGCACAGUAACUGGUUCUCUGGAGGGCCUCACUGGAGAGAUACAAACUGACUUCAACGUCUUAGUUACUGCUAACUUCAACAUUGAUUCACUGACAGAUUCAUCUGAUGCCUCCCUACCUACACCCUCGGAAAUCAUGUUCUCCGCGGGGGGUCCAUCAACUUUCGAGUUCGAUAUCGUCAUCAAUGACGAUAGGGACUUUGAGUCAUUCCAUUCCUUUUCCAUCUCUUUUGACAGCACAAUGAUCUCCUCUGGUACUAACUCCACUGCAAUUAUCGUGAUUUCAGACCGAGAUGAUGCUGUUAUUGGACUGAGUGUCAUGGGCUCAGCCGAGCAUAGCGAAGGUGAUGAUCUGACCUACUGUGUUAACACCAUGGCACAGGGAGCCAUUUUGCGUAUGGUUAUGUACAAUAUUGACUUCAACGGAAUCACAGCAGUGUCUGAUGACUUUAUGACUGACAGUACUGCUGUAUCGGACCAAGUAAAUACUCAAAAUAUAAUAAAUACAUGUUUCAAUGUUACGGCUAUGACUGAUGACAUCUUGGAGGCAACCCAAUCCUAUUCCAUUGACUUGACUUCAUCUAAUGCCAAUGUUGACCCUGCUGCUGCUAACCUGACUAUCAACAUAUUGGAUGUGAACGUUGGUACUGCUACAUUUUCAUUUGAGGCCACAUCCCUGACAGUCACAGAGGGUGUGAACGCCACUGUCUCUCCUCGUUUAGUAAUCGAAAGUGUACCAGCGGGCGGAGUACAGGGAAUCAUCGAAAUAGACUUAACUGUUUCUCCUAUUGCUGCAACACUUACUGAAGACUACAAUACGACUUCUAUGACGGUAUCCUUUGGUAGUGCUGAUCAUAGCACUCUCUUACCCGCUGAUAUCAACGGGACGUUUACUAGUGCUGCCGAGAUACUGAUAGUUGAUGAUGAACUUCUGGAAGACGCCGAGGACAUGAAUGUACUCUUAACAAUGAGUGGUGUUUCGGGCUCAAGUAUCCUACAGACGGUGGUCAUACUUGAUAAUGAAGAGGCCACUUUGAGGUUCAAUCCUAUUCAGUAUAAUAUAAUGGAGGGGAGCGGAACAUUGAUGGUGUGUGUGGAGAUACUCACUGAGGCUAUGGGCUCUCAGUAUAGCAUCUCUAUUGGGCUGGAAACAACCGAUGGAGCCAAAACAAUUAUUGGUGAUGAUUUUACAACUGGAACUGGUUUAACAGUAGAAUUCCCUAGCAUGUCUCUUAUCAACGGAACUAUUGAUUGUGUUAGUAUUUCUAUUGUGGAUGACGAUGUGUUUGAAGGAAACCAGCAAGAUUUCACGGUUAUGAUUGACAGUGCAGUGUACUCCGCAAGUGGAGCUGCUGCAGAUAACGUGAUGUGUGUAAACGACUGUGAAGCCACUGUCACUAUUGAGGACAACGCUGCUGAUUCUGUGACAGUGUCUCUCAACACAACUGGAUCCCCCCUGUCUGCUGUUGAGGGGAUGAGCUUGCAAGUGUGUGUCUACAUCUCUCAAGACGCUGCCGGUGGACGAGAGUGUCCCAUCGAUGUCGCACUGUCCUUCUCCCUCAGUGGAGACAAGCCAGCCUCACCAGAAGAUUUCUCAAUAAUGGAUGAGAUGGUGGUGAUUAGAGUGGGUGAAAUGGAAGUGUGCACUUCAGUUCAGCUCAUUGAUAAUGAAAUAUUAGCGGAAACACAAUCGUUCAGUAUAUUCAUCGUUAAUGCUUCUCCUUUUGUCAAUUUUGACUCCAACGUGCUGCUUGACAUUAGUAUAGAGGAUGAUGAAGAGCCCCCUACUCAGGUUGCGUUCACUAGUACUGAGAGUAUUGCUGUUGAGGGAAAUGUUGUCACUAUCUGUUUGUCCGUAAUCAGCGGGGAGAUAAUCACACCCACAAACAUCAAUUUCACAACUUUCCCUGUUGAAUUUGUCACAGACAACCCCCCCGAUACUGGGGAGGGGGGUGAGAUAGUUCAAUACCCCUCAGCAAAUGACACUCUUGACUACGAUAUUGAAUCAGAUGUGUUUGCCGAGGAUAUUAACGGGUUCCCUAUUGUAACUCUGACCCUCCAACCCGAGGCCACUGAGGCAUGCUUUGAUGUCAACAUUGUGGACGAUGAGGUAUUUGACGGGGAGAGUGAAAGUCCCGUUGAGCAGGUGACCUUCUCCUACUCGAGCUCCUCCCCCAUAGUGGCCAGAGUCAACCUCCGUCAUAGACUAAUCAUCCUGGAUAAUGAUCGUAACUGCACGGCUGACGCUGGAUUGGGUAGUCGUUUGUGUACCAACACGGAGACACUCAGUGUUGACUGCAUCCCUCCGGCUCAAGUAUGCGACUUCAACACUGCUGACUGUCCCAAUAUGUCAGAUGAACUCAACUGUCCGUCUCCACUCGAAAAUGUUGUCCCCGAAACAAUAUCAGAGGAGACUUACACCAACGUCAGUGAGGUUGUUUCGUCCUUUACUACCCUCUCUGAGAACAGGACGUUCCUUCAGACCAUGCAGUUUCUCAAUGAUGUGUCCACUGUGUUCAACAGCAUCGCUAACUUCACCAACACCACCAUUGUACCCAUCAAUGAAAUUGUGGUGACACAUUUGGGUCAGACUUUGAACUCUCUCGUACAAUGGCAGCCCUCCAGUCUUGAGGUCAAUACUACCUCCAGAAUUGUUGAAUCAUUUGAGGCCGUGGCAACACAAUUUGCACAACAGUCCAACCUCACUGUGGAAUUCACAGAUGUCACAAUCAUCGUUGAACUGGGCACCACUGAAACUUUUAUGAGAGAAGGAAGAACGGAAGAUUUCACCCGUAGAGCUGGAGUCCCCGCCUCCAUCGCACUCCCACCCGAGCUCUUCAACCAGGUACCAGCUGACAGACCCGUUAUCGGUGUGUACUUUGCCCUCUAUGAAAACGCGGCUCUUUUGCCGACAAACUUGUUAGCCGUAGUGAGGGACAACGUGACCGUGCGAGAGACGGCCGUGGGUACUCCUAUUGUGGCUGCUACCGUGGGACCUGGUAUUGACUUUGGUGGCAUUGUUCCCCUCGAUCCCCCCGUGGUUAUCACACUAGGCCUGCUACCUCUACCGGAGAACUCAAGUACUAACCCCAGCACUGCUCGUUGUGUGUCAUGGGACUUUGUCAGUGACAGUUGGAUCACCGACGGCUGUACCACUGAAGUGGUGAAUGAAACCACUUUCCGUUGCAGCUGUACCCAUCUCACCAACUUUGCUGUGCUCGUUGACAUUUGCCAAAGAGCUCAGGACUGUAUGAAUGAUCCGACUGUGGAUCAGGUGCUCUCCUUCAUAAGCUACAUUGGCAUAGCGCUGUCUUGUGUAGGACUGGUAGUCACAAUCAUCACUAUGAUAAUGUUCAAAAAACUGAGAGAGAGAGACAACUCCAAGUACCACAUCCAGCUGUCCAUAGCCAUCCUGUGCAUGCUCAUUGUGUUUGCUGUGGGUAUUGAACGUAUCGAGGUGUACGGAGGCUGUGUGUUUGUGUCCAUCCUCAUCCACUACUUCUCUCUGGUGUCCGUCAUGUGGAUGGGGGCAGAGGCCUUGCUCAUGUUCCAGAAACUAGUCCUAGUCUUCAUGACAAUCACGACCAAUUUUAUCAUCAUUUUAUCUCUAGCUUGUUGGCUGUUCCCCCUGAUUCCUGUCCUUAUCCCGAUGAUUAUUGAUCUGGCUGACGGGACAACUCCCGAGACAGACCUCAUCAUCACUCGGAAUGUUGACCCCAUCACCGGAAAUGUCACUGGAGGAAUCUGUUUCCUCAAGCAUCCUGGUGUGUUCUUUGGUGCUUUCCUGGCUCCUAUAUUUGCCGUUCUCCUCUUCAACAUGGUCAUCUUCAUCUGGGUCAUUGUCAUCCUCCUGAAACACACUCGCGAAAACAUGAAGAGAUCAAAUCAAAAAAUGAGUAUCAAAACUUCCCUCCGACUACUUGUGAGCAUCUCUGGUGUCAUGUUCCUGUUUGGCCUCACCUGGCUCUUUGCUGCACUCACAAUCAAUAUUAAUGGUAGCAACGCUGUUCGAACUAUCUUCCAAAUUUUUUUCGCUGUCUUUGCAUCGUUUCAAGGGUUCUAUAUAUUUCUGUUCUUUGUUAUCUUCAAUGGAGAAGCUCGGGAAUUAUGGAGAGAUCUGUGUUGUGGCCGCUACAAGUCCUCACUCCUCCACCCCUCACAGUAUAAGAACACGAACUCCACAGGAACAGGCACUCGUACACCCAAGGCAAACACGGGCACUACCGGAACAGGCACUCGUACACCCAAGGCAAACACGGGCACUACCGGAACAGGCACUCGUACACCCAAGGAAAACACGGGCACUACCGGUAUGUCCUCCUCCACAGGUAACACACCCUCACAUACAAACUCCACAGGAACAGGCACUCGUACACCCAAGGCAAACACGGGCACUACCGGUGCGUCCUUCUCCACAGGCAACACACCCUCACAUACAAACUCCACAGAAAAAGGCACUCGUACAUCCGAGGCAAACACGGGCACUACCGCUACAUCCUCCUCUGUAGGCAACACAUAUAUAUACAGUAAUUAUAACACGGUAAAUCUCGAUUCUGAAGCUAGCUCACUCCCGGAGAAAAGGAGCAAAAGUGAUGAUAACCAAACAGAUAUUCUACUAGCGUCUACGAGUCAAGUAAAACUAGCCGAAGAAGGUGUGUCUACUUUCAGUCACUCUGAUAUCGUUGUCGAGAGUCAAGUGGACGGAGAUGAGGAUGAAGAGAUGGCACCUCCAAAUUGGUCAGAUGCUAAGCUUAUUUCCAAGGCCAGGGUCAAGCCCUACUCUACAAAGAGGGUCUCCAACCAUCAUAUCGAAGAGAUAGACUCUGAAAAUGAGAACAGUGAUGACCAAGAAGUGCCUGAAACUUAGCAAACUUAAUCACUAGUGUUAAUCAUAGUGUAGCUGGACAUACAAUUGCAUGGUAACCAUGCAUGCAGAAUUGAGAUGAUGGUGUGUUUGUGUGUGUGCAAAUUAUAUUUU